GAAUACGUGAGGCAUUCAUUGUUUACGACGCCUCUGAAAAACUUCAGCGGUCCGUCGCGUCUUGACCCCUUUCGGAUCUCAAUUUUGAAUUUAGCACUUGCAGACCUUUAAACCAAUUUUUUUCCUCAACUGAAAUCAAAUAUCUGAAGAAAUAAUUAUCACUAAGACAAAAGAUUGUGCGUUGAUCAAUUUUUGCACCGGUUGAAUGCAUUAGUGCUUGAUGUGUUGAGUUUCGUCCUAAAUUUUAUCAAGUGUUAACGAACGGAAUUUCGCAAAGCCAUGAUUUUGACUACUUUUGUGCCAUGUGCGGAGUGUGACUGACAGAGCUGUGAUCAUAUGAAAUAAGGAGGAAAAAGGAAAUAUAAGGAACUUACUUCGAGUCUUGCCCUAAAAUAUUGAAAAUUUGCAGAAAAAUGAAAAAUGAACGUGCAUUUUGCAUACUCUGGCUGGUGUGUGCCUAUUUUACCGAAAAUAUAUCAUCACUUAGUCUACGAAUGUUGGAUAAUUCAUAUAGAUUUUCACCAAGAGCUUACAGGAGAAUCUCACAUCUUUCAGAGGAAACGAGAUCAAACCAGAAACAAAAAAGACACAUAAACCCGCUGAACAAGUCACCCCCUGUGGACGAAAUUCCAGCUGUUCAAAUCUUACCGCAAGACAACACCGACACGAGCAUAAAAAAUCUCGAAGCGAUCGUCGCAGAAUGCCAAAAAACACCCAUAAAAUCAUGCCAGGGUAGCUACGUACCGCGCGCCUAUUUCACGGACUUCGACAUCCCUUACGACGAACCGAAAAAGGCCAUAGGGGAAAACGCGAUAGACGCAGAAGAAGAGGCGAAAGAGAAGCAAGAACGACAGCUGAUCCCUAAACUGCUGGAUCAAGACUCAUUGGAGAGACAACUGGUGAACCCUGUUGUAUUCGUUGACCAGAACCUGAUUACAGACAUCAUCCGGGAUCCGUCCGUCGAGGACAUCGUCUUCAUCCGGAAAGAGGUCCAAGAUCGCGAUCUCGAGGCCAGCGUCAAGAAUCGAUGCGAGAACGCCGCGAAGCAGUUGCAUAUCUUGAAAAAGCUGGUCGCGAUUCGCGAGGACAUCCGGCAGAAGAACCGGCGGUUAAUAGACCGGUUCCCUACUCCUGAUCAAAUUCCGUCCUUCGCAGAUCGGGACUUCAUUCCGGAAAACCGGUUCCCGGAGACCACUGACCCUUCCGGUGUCAAGGUCUUGCCCGACGAAGCAGGAAUCGACUCAUCGACUACCACGGAUGAUGUUUCAACCACGGCUACGGUAGACGUCACCGAUUUGAUAAUCUCUGACUCGACCGAUGGCGCGUCGACUCAGCACCCGACGGAUGUUGAGUUCAUAAUUCAGACGGAGACUACUACAUCUUUGACGGAAGUGACGUCAUCAGAUUCCACCACCGAUCCAACGGAAUUGACGUCUGAUGUGACCGAAACGACCGGAGGCGAACGGGAUCUCGAUGGUGUCAACGAGUCAACGACGGAGUCAACCGUUUCCACAACGGCGAGUUCGGAGAUCACAUCACUGGGCACCGACAUUUCAACGGACGAGUCAACAGUGACAACGGACGAGUCAACAGUGACAACGGACGAGUCAACAGUGACAACGGACGAGUCAACGGUGACCACGGAUGCGACAACGGACGGAACGUCAACAGUAGGGACUGAAGUUACUGAAACGCCGUCAGAAACGGAUGAUACCACCACGCAAACAAGCGGAACCGAUGUGACGGAUUCUAGUCCUAUCUCUGAGGGAACGACUGAUAGCUCAACUACACUCGAAGGAUCAACAACGCAAGAUCCGGUUUUUGAUCUCAAACGGUUGGAUACCGAGGUGUCUACCUCAGACUCAGAAACGACAACGGAUGAGACAGAAACUUCAGGUACAGAAAGUACGGCCAGCUCUAUUUUAGACACAUCAACUGAAGUCACCUCUCCCACCGAUUCUGAAACUUCAACUGGCGAUCAAAGCACCGACUCUGAAAAAGGCAUCGACAUAACGACUGGGGUGCCACUGGUCUACACCACCUUGCUGCCACCGACCGCGAACGGAGGUUCACCGUAUCACGAGGAAGUCUCCAUCAGUAAUCACACUAAGCUGGAAUUCGAAGAACAAGUAAACGAGACGAUCAUCGAUGAUUUCGGCCCUGGUUCGGGAGCUAAACCAGUUUCUGAUUCUGACGCAAAGCCAGGUGAAUCUAAACUCACUCACGUAGAUCAGAAAAAGCCACCCGUGCAAUCAGAUGACCUAAAAGCUCCUGCGAAGGGUUCUGGAGAUCCCAACGGGAAACUCCUGAGGCCUUCCUCAAGUUCAGUAAGUUCCAAACCGGGAGGUCCAAAUAAAAGCCCAACUACAACCAGCACGAAUCAGCAAAAGGUCUCACCUCCUAAAAAACAAACCGCGCCCGGGAACCAAGUCUCUAUCGACGGCAAUAAAGUUAUUCCCCUUCCCGCUGAUAGCUUGCAACCAGAUGACGUCACCAAAAGGGGAUCAGGACCUGGAGUCAAAGGACCGAAGCCUGGAAGUUCCGAAAAAGGCACUUUGAAGUUCCCGGACUUACCAAAGGUCGACGUCAACACUUUGAACAAGAACACGCCGUUGAGUGACCUCGCUUUAUACUUGAGCCAGAAAAACAACACAGCAAGCGCGGCCCUGAAGGACAAGAUCGACCACGCAUUCCACCACGCAGAGGUCAACGUGCCCUUAGACCUCGGUCCUUUGACCUCUGACAAACUAGAGGAGUCGAAUAAGAGCAAGCUAACGCAAAAAGAGCUUAAAAAUAAGAUCGAACUCGCGGUGCCCAACGCAAUAGUCGCCGACGGUCUCGUCAACACGUUCUUUAUAAUUUUAUUGAGCAACAACGCGACGAAACUGAACUUGGAACGGUGGACCGAGGACCAGCCGGCCAUCGAGGUGGACGACCUGUGCGUUCCGCUCUACGAAAACGGGACCAUCCACGAUUUCCUGUCGAUAACGCGGUUGUUGAAGGGAACGGUCUAUUUCAAAAAUUCCCGCUCUAAGGUCCCGAUUCGCAUCAAGCGCAGCGCCGAUAGGAAAUGUUGGUCGUUGAACAAGUACGAUAUCCUGAAAAAGGGCGAGCCUGUCUCUACCCUCGUCAAGCGGACCCCGUCUGGACCACCAGCUCAGCCUGCGAACGGAAUCCGGAAUGGACCUACAGGGGCUCAGUUUAGGUCUGAGCCAGUUUUCAGGAGAGAACCUAUUCAAUACGUAGGUGAAGGAGUUGGACCUAGUUUUGGACCUGCACGACACCAGCAGAGUCUUAAUAAAGUGGUGUCGUACCCAGCUCAAGGGGUAUACUACACAAAUGAACUCGUCCCUGAGAGGAGACUUUAUGACUCAAGUUUAUAUCCCGGUCAGGUAAAUGUACCUAUGGCCCUUAAUAACCAAGGGGUCCAGUUCGGGAACAAACCUAGUCCUAUUGGUCAACCUCCACAAAUAAUGGGGAAUUUUGAGCCACGGGGGCCGCGAUACCCAAGGGAGCCGAGUUCCUGGGGUGAGCCUCCCCCUUUUCGAGAGGGUGAUGAUGCGGAGGCCGCUGAUAAGGUGAGUCAUUUGAGUCAGGCUGAGGAGAAUAAGCUGCUAAGACAGUUUUUUAGGAUGAAGAAAAGUAUCAACGCCGAGUUGGACUCCUUCAUCGAGGAGCCCGUUCUGAUGUAUAGAAAACCGAAUUUUGUAAAUAAAAGUACAAGCUGACAAAAAUGAA